AUGUCGCAGAGAUGGAGCAAAAAGAAGAGUCGGCUUCCAUUAGCGGGACUCCUCUUCAUGGUCGCAGUCACCGUCAUGAUUCUCUACAACGAGCGUAGCAUUCAGCAGAUCCACCACCACACCAGUCGCGAGCUCAAUCUCCCAGAUUUCUCUUUCGUCAACCCCAACGUUCCUGGGAAUAACCUCGAGGUUUUGGAUAGAUUCAGCCGAUGCAACGGGACGAAAGAGUACAGCGGGAAGAAAAUCGGAUGGGUUGAGGCGUAUGAAGAAAAUGGGAUGGCAGAGGAGGAGAAAUGUGAUGUCUUCUCAGGGAAAUGGGUCUUUGAUAAUUCAUCAUACCCACUCCACAAGGAAUCCGAGUGCCCCUACAUGUCUGACCAGUUGGCUUGCCAGAAGCACGGGAGGCCUGAUCUGGAUUAUCAACAUUGGAGAUGGCAACCUCAUUCCUGCAACUUGAAAACGUGGAAUGUGACAGAAAUGUGGGAGAAGCUGAGGGGAAAGAGAUUGAUGUUUGUGGGAGACUCAUUAAACAGAGGCCAAUGGAUAUCAAUGGUUUGUCUCUUACAGUCUGUAAUCCCACGUGACAAGCAAUCCAUGUCUCCCAACGCUCCCCUCACCAUUUUCAGGGCUGAGAAUUACAAUGCGACGGUGGAGUUUCUGUGGGCUCCGUUGCUCGUGGAAUCAAACUCUGAUGACCCGGUUAAUCACAGACUGGACGAACGGAUUAUUCGACCAGAUUCAGUUCUGAAACAUGCAUCAAAGUGGCAACAUGCCGAUAUCUUAAUAUUCAACACAUACUUAUGGUGGAGGCAAGACCCUGUCAAGAUCAGGUGGAGCAGUGAAGAAGAAGGGUCAUGCGAGGAGGUGAAGGGCGCAGAGGGAAUGGAAAUGGCAAUGAAUGCUUGGGCUGAUUGGAUUUCUAACAAUGUGGAUCCAAACACAAAGCGUGUUUUCUUCGUUACAAUGUCUCCUACACAUCAAUGGAGCCGGGAAUGGAACCCUGGAAGCCAAGGAAACUGCUACGGCGAGCAAAAACCGAUCGAGGAAGAGAGUUAUUGGGGAAGUGGGUCGGAUGUUGCGACAAUGAGGAUGGUUGAGAGAGUUUUGAAGAGAUUGGGGCCAAAGGUUUCACUUGUCAACAUUACUCAGUUGUCUGAGUAUCGUAAAGAUGGCCAUCCCUCCGUGCACCGGAAAUUCUGGGAACCAUUAACCCAAGACCGGUUGGAUAACCCGGCCUCGUAUUCGGACUGUACUCAUUGGUGUGUACCGGGAGUUCCUGAUGUCUGGAAUCAAUUGCUUUUCCAUUUUUUGUGA